CCACAGCGCAGAGCAAUAAUAAAACGCAGCGAGUACCGCUCUCUCCUUCUCUCUCUCUCUCUCUCUCUCUCUCUCGGUGGAGGGGUUUAAAAAUGGCGUUUGGGUUCGCGACGGCGGCCGCAUUGCCGAAGCCCUGUUUAUCGAUAAGAGCGAAUCAAUCAAGCUCCCUCGACGUCUCUGAUCUCGCCGACGAUCAUGUCUCUCGUUCGAAGAAGAAUUUCGUCUUCAUCAUCAACCCCAAGGGUGCUAAUGGCCGGACAGGCAAGGAAUGGAAGAAGCUGCUGCCUCAUCUACGCACUCGGCUCGGUGGGCACUGCAACAUAUAUGAGUAUAUUACUUCGGCUCCUUCUCAUGGUGUGGAUAUAACAAGGGAGGCAAUAAGGGAGGGGGCGGAUGCUGUAAUUGCUGUUGGAGGUGAUGGUACACUUCAUGAGGUCAUCAAUGGCUUCUUUUGUGUGGGGCAACCAGUGACAGCUCUUGAACGGGGCCCUGGAUAUUCAACGACACUUGGUCUCAUUCCUCUUGGAACUGGCUCAGAUUUUGCUAGGACAUUUCACUGGAGAAAUGACCCCCACGAAGCGAUAGAAAGGAUUAAAAGAGGGUUUAAAUCAAAAAUAGAUGUCGGCAUUAUUACUGCACAUACGGGAGAACAACAUUUCUUUAUUAAUGUUGCUGAUAUUCACUUGAGUGCAAAGGCAGGUUAUUAUGCUUCCAAGUACAAAGGAUUUGGAAAUUUAUGUUAUGUUUUUGGAGCUUUAAGGGCUUUUAUUGGGCAUGAAAAUAGGAAUCUGAAAGUCAAGAUAAAUGGUGGAGACUGGGAAGUAUUUCAUAAAGUCACUGCUAUUUGUAUAGGAAAUGGCAAAUAUUUUGGUGGUGGCAUGAAGAUAACCCCAACAGCUGAUCCAUCUAAUGGAAAAUUGGAGGUUGUGAUUCUUCAAGACUUCAAGUGGUAUGACUUUGUACUUAAGUUGCACAAAUUAUACAGUGGGUCUCAUCUAUCAGAGAAAAAUGUAUGUUUGAGAAGCGUGAAGUCAAUUGAAGUUGUUGAGGAGAUGUCCAAAGGUGAUAUCUAUAUUCAAUCUGACGGUGAACAUUUAGGAUUUCUUCCAGCAAAUUGUUCUAUUCUACCAGCUGCAAUCAAUUUCUUCUGCUGAUACAAAUAUUUGCAACUGGCUGUUCUCCAAUUCGACCAUCAUGGCCUUCACUUGCAGCUAGACUAGUUUUUGGAAGCUUGCAACUCGUAUGCUGUGGAAGUAGCUCUUCGUAUUGUACUGCACAUCUCAUUUUCACAUAAUUUCCCUUGUCGGAGUGUAUCCCAGAUCAUUAGUGCUUGAUUUCUUAGGACUUGUGAAGUUAUUAACAAGCAGCUCACGACAAGUCCGAGAGAUUGAAUAUCUAGUAAUUGAAGAAGUUGAAAUCAAUUAUCCAGAAAAGUUGUGACAAGAUCAAACACAUAUCUUGAUGGUUUCCUGUGGCUGCUGAAGAUUUACAUAGGAUUCCAAGGAAAUGUCACCAUGCAAGUAAAAAUUUAGCUUUUCUUCGGCCAACUUACUUUUACCCGUUGUAGUUAUAGUAUUGUCAGGUUAAUGAUCUUGAUAGAUCGUGUAUAAUGUGUAUGGUUUAUUGCUUUGGUAUUCAAAAUACAAACAAUACUUAAUCA